UAUCCCGCCCUGUCCCCCUCCUGCUGUCCAUGUGCCAGGCCAGGCCGUCCCCACGGGGACAAGUCCUUGCCCUGUGGUGGACCUUGCCCUCCCUGCCACUUCCCGACAGAGUUUGGACUCGGAGCUGAAGGCAGCCUGGGCUCCUCUGUGCCACCAUGGAGGUCUCCAAGAAGCUGAUCAACUCGGUGGCAAGCUGUGCUGACGACUCCCUGGCCGGGCUGGUGGCCUGCAACCCCGGCCUGCAGCUGCUGCGGGGCCACCGGGUGGUCCUGCGCUCCGACCUGGCGGCCAUCCGCGGCCGGGUGGCUCUGCUGUCGGGAGGGGGCUCUGGCCACGAGCCUGCCCACGCAGGGUACGUCGGGCAGGGCAUGCUGACCGGCGUGGUGGCCGGCGCCGUCUUCACCUCCCCGGCCGUGGGCAGCAUCUUGGCUGCCGUCAGAGCGGUGACGCAGGCGGGAGCAGCUGGCACCCUCCUGAUCGUGAAGAACUACACCGGGGACCGGCUGAACUUCGGGCUGGCGCUGGAGCGGGCGCGGGCGGAGGGCGCCGACGUCAGGAUGGUGGUGGUGGGGGAUGACAGCGCCUUUGCUGCCCCCAAGAAGGCUGGCAGGAGAGGCUUGUGUGGCACCAUCCUGGUGCACAAGGUGGCAGGGGCUCUGGCUGAGGCAGGGGCGAGCUUGAAUGAGAUCUUUGAGAAGGUGUCAGCAGUCACCAAAGCCAUGGGUACCCUGGGGCUCAGCCUGUCUCCCUGCAGUGUCCCGGGCUCCAAGCCCACCUUCCAGCUGGCUGAGGAUGAGAUGGAGCUGGGCCUGGGGAUCCACGGCGAGGCAGGGGUGCGCAGGAUGAAGCUGCUGCCGGCAGAUGAAGCGGUGGAGAGGAUGGUGGCUCACAUGACAGACCCCUCCAACGCCUCCCGCCUGCCCCUCGGCCCUGGCUCCUCCGUGGUGCUGGUGGUGAACAACCUGGGAGGGUUGUCCUACCUGGAGCUGGGCAUCGUGGCUGGCGCCGCUGUGCGCUGCCUGGAGCGCAGAGGCGUCCGCAUCGCCCGGGCCCUGCUGGGCUCCUUCAUGACGGCCCUGGAGAUGGCUGGGGUGUCCCUCACCCUCCUCCUGGUGGAUGAAGAGCUUGUGAGGCUGAUUGAUGCCAAGACCACGGCCAUGGCUUGGCCCAACCUGGCUGCAGCACCUGCAACGAGCCAGAGACAGGAGCUGCCAGCACCAAAGGAGGGACCAGGGACCGUGCAGCAUCAGGCCACCACGGGGCCCAGCACGGCAAGGGUGCAGCUGGUGCUGGGGAGGGUGUGCAGCGCCCUGCUCAGCAUGGAGGAGCAGCUGAACGAGCUGGAUCGCGCUGCCGGGGACGGGGACUGCGGCCACACGCACGCCCGGGCUGCCCGAGCCAUCCAGGAGUGGCUGCGUGCGGGGCCGCCGCCGGCAGCCCCAGCCCAGCUCCUCUCCGCCCUGGCUGACCUGCUGCUGGAGAAGAUGGGUGGCUCCUCUGGUGUGCUCUACGGGCUGUUCCUGACGGCAGCCGCCCGGCCCCUGCUCCGCCGCAGCGACCUCCCGGCGUGGGCCGAUGCCAUGGAUGCUGGCAUCCAAGCCAUGCAGAAGUACGGCGGAGCCGCGCCGGGGGACAGGACGAUGCUGGACUCGCUGUGUGCUGCAGCACAGGCUCUGCACGCCCUGCGCAGCCCUGGGGCCGAGCUGCUCCCGGUGCUUUCCGCUGCUGUGCAGAGUGCAGAGGCAGCAGCAGAGGCCACCAGGACCAUGGAGGCUGGAGCAGGCAGAGCCAGUUACAUCAGCUCAGCCCAGCUGCUGCAGCCUGACCCCGGGGCUGUGGCAGCGGCAGGGGUGCUGCGAGCGGUGCUGGAGGGGCUGCAGGGCUGAGGGCAGCAGGGCAUCACCUCCAGAAGCCAGGAAGGGCCUUGAGAGUAACCCCCCAUGGGCCCCAAAUAAACCUUUGUGGUCACCCAAA